UGUUUUACGGUCUCAGGGGAGACCAAUAGUUUCUAUUCGUCAUUGAGAGAGGAGGGCAAUGGCUGACUUACAAUCUCGGUUGACCCGAGAUGUUCACCUGCUCGGUCAUAUUAAUCGAUCAUCUCUCCUUCAAAAACUCUUAAUUAGUAUUGAACCCUUUAUUAAACGAUCGUUGUUAGUGAAAGCAGCUUCAAUCAUCAAUUACACUAAUCAUUAAUUGAUCCUCUUAAACAAUCUGGCAAUCACUCACCCACACCACACCAUCAAGGCAUCAGUAUUAAUCAAAGGAGAUGACUUACUGUGCAGUGCUAGUUCUAUCAAUCUAUCAUCUAUGGCUGUCUGACUGACCUUUAGACUAUUCCAUACGUUACGCAAAGAUUUCAUUGUUUUUUAAGACCAAAACAACACCACCCAGUUCACAAAUUCUAUGGCUGCCUCACAGUUAGUCUAUUUCAUACGUCUUACGCACGAAUUUCAUUCCUUUUAGACCAAAACAGCCACACCCAGUUCACAAGUUCUUACAUUGUUUAUCAAAGAUGAACGAUUCAGUUUAUUCUGUGAAGGGUCUAAGGAUCUUGAGCUUGAUAUUCAUGUCUGUUGUUGUUGUUGUUGGUGCUGCUGCGGUUUCUGAGGAUGAUGUGAAGUGCUUGGAGGGUGUCAAGACUUCGCUUGGCGAACCAGGAGGGAAGCUUAGCUCGUGGAGCUUCGCAAAUACUUCAGUCGGUUUCGUCUGUGAUUUUGUGGGUGUCACGUGCUGGAAUUCCCGUGAAAACCGGAUAAUCGACCUCAAACUUAACGAAUUGGAACUUUCAGGACAAGUUCCGGAAUCGUUGCGGUACUGCCAGAGCUUGCAGAAACUGGACCUUUCAUCCAACAAUCUCUCAGGUAUUAUUCCUCCCCAGAUCUGUAACUGGAUGCCGUACUUGGUGACUCUGGAUUUGUCCAGCAAUGGUCUUUCAGGUCCUAUACCCGCAGAUCUGGCGAAGUGUAGUUACUUGAAUGAUCUUAUAUUGUCCAAUAAUCGGUUAUCGGGGACUAUACCACCUGAGUUUGUAAGUUUAGGUAGGCUGAAGCGGCUUUCAGUUUCGAAUAAUGAGCUUACUGGUAGAAUCCCAUCCUUCUCUGAUAAAUUUGAUUCCGCAGCUUUCACAGGGAAUGAUGGACUUUGUGGGGAGCCUCUAGGAAAGUGUGGUGGAUUGAGAUUGAGCAAGAGGAAUCUUGAAAUUAUUAUAGCUGCCGGAGUGUUUGGUGCGGCGGGCUCUUUGUUGUUGGGUUUUGGAGUGUGGUGGUGGUACCACAGGAAGUAUUCUAGGAUGAGAAAGGGUGGGUAUGGGAUUGGAAGAGGGGAUGAUAGUAGUUUUGUUGAGAGGUUGAGGGCACACAAGCUUGUUCAAGUUUCUUUGUUUCAAAAGCCUCUUGUCAAGGUUAAAUUGGAUGAUUUGUUGGCAGCCACAAACAAUUUCAAUCCAGAAAAUGUUACAGCUUCGACUAGGACCGGUACUACUUAUAAGGCUGUUCUUUCUGAUGGAUCAGUGCUUGCAGUCAAGAGGCUUAAUACUUGUAAGCUUGUGGAGAAGCUGUUUCGUUCGGAAAUGACGCGAUUAGGAGAGCUUAGGCACCCAAAUUUGGCACCCCUUUUGGGUUUUUGUGUUGUGGAGGAUGAGAAGCUUCUGGUUUAUAAGCAUAUGUCUAAUGGAACCCUGUAUUCGUUGUUGCAUGGAAAUGAGACUCCAUUAGAUUGGCCAACCAGAUUUAGGAUUGGUUUGGGUGCUGCUAGGGGUUUAGCAUGGCUACACCAUGGGUGCCAGCCCCCAAUCCUGCAUCAGAACAUCUGUUCCAAUGUGAUUUUAGUGGAUGAUGAUUUUGAUGCUAGGAUUAUGGAUUUUGGAUUGGCAAGGCUCAUGACUUCUUUGGAUUCUAAUGAGAGGGGUAGUUAUGUCGAUGGCGAAUUGGGUUACAUAGCACCGGAGUAUUCAAGCACUAUGGUUGCUUCACUAAAAGGGGAUGCUUACGCGUUUGGGGUAGUGUUACUAGAGCUUGUGACGGGGCAAAAGCCGCUUGAGGUUAGUGUUGCAGAAGAAAAAUUUAAGAGUAACUUAGUCGAUUGGGUUAAUCAGCUCUGUAAUUCAGGUCGAUCUAAGGAUGCAAUCGACAAGGCUCUUUGUGGAAAGGGACAUGAUGAAGAAAUCUUGCAAUUCUUAGUAAUUGCAUGUAAUUGUGUGGUUGCUAGGCCUAAUGAUAGGUGGUCUAUGUACCAGGUUUACCAAUCACUAAAGAACAUUGCUGAGGAUCAAGGGUGGUCAUCUGAACAGUUUGAUGAAUUUCCACUUCUUUUCCAGAAGCAAGAAAAUGAAUCAAUUGAGCUAUGAAGCAAGAUGAGAGAGCGCGACGGGGGUAGGGAUUUUUGAUUGAUUUUGUGCAGCUGGCAGUAAGUUCUCAAUGUCACCUGAUGUAAAUGUGUCUCAGUUUCUAUUUUUGAGCUGCCUUGUCCAUAUGUUGUAUACUUGUGUAUUGCUAUCAACUCCUUAAAACUGUAGGCUCUUGAAAAUUGUUGAUCUUUAUAUCCGCUGCGUUUUUGGCAAGCAAGAUAAAAUGAAGCAUGACAAAGUGGUAAUCAAUAUUGGAAUGUUACUCAUGCA